AAAAUCAGUCUGCAUUCUAGAUACUACGGUUUCCUGUUCGCCUAUGAUUUUUGAGAAAAAAAAUCAAAUUCAAAUUGUAAUAUAUAUUAAUCAAAAUAAAUUAUGAGGGUAAAUUAGCGAAUACCAAUGUUUAAAUGUAUUCAAAUUUCAGAAACUUUAGAAAUGUCAAUUCAGAGAAAGCAAUCUAAUUUUCCAUUGAGUUAAAAAUAAUUUCUUCUCUAAUAUGUUGACUCUUCUUGCUUUUCACAUGUUUUCAAGUCAACAUUAUGUUGGUGUGUUUACAGAAACUGUCUUGAAGAAACCUAAUAGUUCUUAUUAAUAUUUAUCCAAAUUUCUAACCAAAAUUCUCAUUUAAUGAAUACAUAGCAAUGAAAAUAGUUAAAUUACACGAGUUUCCUUCAUUAAUGGAUGAUUGCUGUGCUUUGUUAAAUCAAGAAUGGCCUCGAAGCAAAGCAGCUCGUCUUCAUUCUUUAUCCAAAUCAAAAGAUUCCUAUCCAAUGUGUUUGUGUUUACUUGAUGAUGUCGGUGAUGGUGGAGAUGACAUGAAUACAAAUGCUGCAAACCCAAGGGGUAAAUUGAUUGGCCAUGUUAAGGUGAGUCGUGGUAUCACUGAUGGCGAAGCAUACAUUGAAAGUUUGAUCAUAGAUAAGUCAAGACGAGGACAAGGUGUGGGUCGAAAGUUCAUGUCAUCAAUUGAAAAAUUACUUGAAUCUUAUGGUUUUUCGUCAAUCUCAUUGCAUACCAUCGAUGCUUCCUCCUUUUAUCAAAAGCUUGGGUACAUCAUCGUUGAAACCAUUGAAGCUUUAGGACCAGCUAAUCAAUCUAUUGCUACCAGCCAAUCUGCUGCAAAAACUCAUGGUAAACCUAAUAUUUCAGAGGAAGCCUCAUCAUCAGCCGUUCCUGUCUUUCCACCACCACCUCCACUACCACUAGGAUUACCAUUGAUUAAUAGACCUUUAAUAAAACAAGAGAAAAUUGUAAUGAAGAAAACAUUGAGAUGAAUAUAAAUGAUCAGCUGUUGAUACUCAAACCCUUUAAUAAGCAUUAUUCUUACAGGAUUAGCGGCUAGAUAAUCAUUUUGGUUAAUUCAAGAUUAAAAAUCCUAUGAAUUAAUAGUAACCAAUUUUUAUUUAAUUAAAAUUAUUCUUUGCCCUAUUUU